AUGGAAAGAAAAAUGGAAGUUUUGGGUAAGGGAGCAUUCAAGACUGUAUACAGGUCAUUUGAUGAAGUAGAUGGGAUAGAAGUGGCAUGGAACCAAGUCAAAAUGGGCGAUGUCUUACGGUCGCCUGAAGAUUUAGAGAGAUUGUAUUCGGAAGUGCAUUUGCUGAAAUCGCUUAAACACGAUAACAUUAUCAAAUUUUUUAGUUCAUGGGUCGAUGAGCAGAAGAAGACCAUCAACAUAAUUACGGAGUUGUUUACGUCUGGGAGUCUAAGAAAGUACCGUCUGAAACAUAAAAUGGACAUGAAGGCUGUAAAGAACUGGGCCAGACAGAUUCUUCGUGGACUGCAAUAUCUUCAUGGGCAUAAUCCACCCAUUAUUCACAGAGAUUUGAAAUGUGAUAACAUUUUCGUUAAUGAUCAUGGGCAAGUAAAGAUCGGAGAUCUUGGAUUAGCAACUAUUAUGCAGCAGCCUAGUGCCCGAAGCGUGAUUGGGACUCCUGAGUUCAUGGCUCCAGAGCUUUAUGAAGAAGAGUACAACGAACUUGUUGACAUAUAUUCCUUCGGCAUGUGCUUAUUGGAGAUGGUCACAUUUGAGUACCCUUACAGUGAAUGCAAGAACCCAGCCCAGAUUUAUAAGAAAGGGAUCAAACCUGCAGCCUUAGACAUGGUUAAUGAUCCUGAAGUAAAGUUGCUUAUUGAGAAAUGUCUAGCCCCAGCAUCGGAAAGGCCUUCUGCAAGGGAGCUUUUGAAAUAUCAAUUUCUUCAGCACAUUGAUUUAAAAGAGCAAGCCUGCAACUCUCUGCAAUUACCCACUUUAGUGCCCCAAACCUCAAACUUGGAAGGUUCGUCUGUGCACUCUGAUGCGGCUUCUGUUACUCAGGUGAAGUCUGGACCAUUAUCAAUGGACAUAGAUUAUGACUACAAGCAGUCAUCUAUGAGCACUAAUUCGAGGAACAGCAUAAAUACCCACUUAUUCCUUCGGACAUGGAUUUGUUUCUUGAAUGGAAGUUAG